AUGAAGAAAGACAAAGUUCAAAACAACACUCCGUCUUUGACACUAUGCAUUGCUUUACUCUCUCUCACCACAAUCUUCCUUCCUUUAUGUGAGUCCUUCAACUAUGGCCAAGCCCUCUCCCAGAGCCUCCUUUACUUUGAAUCUCAGCGUUCAGGUCGCUUACCCCACAACCAAAGGGUCACUUGGCGUCACCAUUCUGCCCUCACUGAUGGUCUAGAACAAGGGGUGGACUUGGUGGGAGGUUACUAUGAUGCUGGGGAUAACGUUAAGUUUGGGCUUCCAAUGGCAUUUACCAUAACACUCCUCUCAUGGGCUGUCUUAGAAUACGGGGAACAAAUCGCUGGUGCCGGCGAGUAUUCUCACGCGCUGGAGGCCAUCAAGUGGGGCACCGAUUAUUUCAUCAAGGCCCACACACGACCAAAUGUUCUUUGGGUUGAGGUGGGUGACGGCGAUACUGAUCACUACUGUUGGCAGCGGCCGGAGGACAUGACGACGUCACGGCGAGCUUAUAGGAUUGACCGGAACCAGCCCGGCUCCGAUGUCGCCGGCGAGACGGCGGCAGCGUUGGCAGCGGCAUCCAUUUUGUUUAGGAGAACAAACCCACAUUACUCUCAACUACUUUUGCACCAUGCGCAACAGUUGUUUGAGUUUGGUGACAAGUUUAAGGGGAAAUAUGAUGAGAGUGUUGGAGUGGCUAAAGGAUAUUAUACUUCGGUUAGUGGGUACAUGGAUGAGUUACUUUGGGCAGCGAUUUGGCUUUAUAGGGCCACCGAAAAGGAAGAAUAUUUGAACUAUUUUUUGGACAAAGCUUAUGACUUUGGUGGGACCACUUGGGCCAUGACUGAAUUCAGCUGGGAUGUCAAGUACGCAGGUCUUCAAGCCAUUGCUUCUAUGCUUCUCAUGGAGGAGAAGCACAAGAAACACGAAGUCAUACUCAAACAGUAUCGUUCAAAAGCCGAACACUACCUCUGCGCGUGUCUCAACCUCAACAACGUUACUAACGUGCAGCGCACCCCAGGAGGGUUACUGUAUGUCCGCCAAUGGAACAACAUGCAAUAUGUCGCAACGGCGUCGUUUCUUCUCACAGUGUACUCUGAUCAUCUCUUAGCCACAGGUCAGAAGCUUAAUUGCCAAAAAGGGGAAGCGGGUUCCAAUGAGUUAUUUGCCUUUGCAAAAUCACAAGUUGAUUACAUCUUGGGUUCUAAUCCAAUGGGUAUGAGCUACAUAGUAGGCCACGGAUCCAAUUUCCCCCGGAGGGUGCACCAUAGGGGUGCAUCCAUUGAAUCAUACAAUGGGAACAAGGGUUUUAUUGGGUGCACUCAGGGUUAUGAUAACUGGUAUGGACGGCCCGGGCCCAAUCCCAAUGUACUCAUUGGGGCCCUCGUUGGUGGGCCUGACAUAAUGGACCAGUUUAAAGAUGACAGGAGCAAUUACAUGCAGACAGAGGCUUGUACAUACAAUACGGCGGCACUUGUAGGGGUUUUUGCUAGAUUGUAUGGAUCCGAAGGUGAUGUUUAUAACAAUGAACCAUCUUUGGUAGCUUCUAGCUAA